UAUUCGAAAAGCCAUAUGGGAUACAGGCUGAUUAUUUUUCACUCGGAGUCAUGAUUUAUGAAAUGGCAACUGGUCGCCAUCCAUACUGUACUUCAAAAAUGACCAAACCUCAGGUGAAAAAGGCGAUAAUGGAACCUGUGUCUGAAUAUCCACGGGACAUGGAUCCUGACCUCCGGGGUCUCAUCAUGAGGCAUCUGGAAAUGAACCAAGCAUGGAGAAGGGAGCUCGUCCAUGAUGUCAGAGAUCAUGCAUUUUUUAGAGGCGUCAACUGGAAGGACUUAGAACUUGGAAAGGUCAAACCACUGGAUUACACAAGACCACGUCUGGAGACUCAAGAUGAGAAUUUCAAAUGGGAAGAUGUUAUACCUUCUGAACCAAGUUCACGAAUUCCAUCAAAGAAGCAGCAGAAGAUCUUUUCCGGAUUUUACUUUGAAAGCUAGAGACUGGGAGAGCCAAGUGUGAUCAUGGAGAAAGCAACCUCGGCCUCUUCAUUACAUUACAAUUCAUUUUCACAAAACCUGGAUGAGGAUCAUCACCCAACAAACGUCUGGUCUGAUCCACAGCCUGAAAAAAACAGGCUCCUCCUCCAGACUCCUAUUCAUAUAUUACACAAAGUGACACUUCAUUCAUGUCACCGCAAAGCAGUGCAGUGCAUUACAACGCUGUACAAUGACACGUGUUACCUUUCUGUGUGUUGCAUUUUUCAGUGUUUUUAAGGCAUUUUUAAUGUGCGUUUUAUGGCAUUUUUUUGUAUUUAUGUAGUAUUUAAUAUUUACCUAUUGUGUGUGUUUAUGUGUGCAUUUAUUCAUUAAUUAAUUCAUUAUUAGUAAUAGUAGUAUUAUCAGAAAAAUGCUCAAAAACAAGCAAAAAUGCUCAAGAACAGGUGUAACAUGUAACAUGUUCAGAAAGGUAAACUCAUCCUUAUAUAAAUUGUGUUUUCACAAUACACUAGAAACCAUCUCACUAUAUAUAACUGGCUGUUCAUUUUUAUCAGGGUUAGCACCUUAGGCCCCAUGCACACGAGACGCUGCUAAACUCGAGU